UGCGGUGCCUGAGGUCAUCGGCGCGGUUAGUGGCGGCUCCGGGGUGAGUGGCUACCGCCAUGAUCGAACAGCAGAAGCGCAAGGGCCCCGAGUUGCCACUGGUCCCAGUCAAGCGGCAGCGGCAUGAUUUGCUGUUGGGAGCGGCGGGCUCGGGCCCCGGAGCCGGGCAGCAGCCGUCGACGCCGGGAGCUUUGCUGCAGGCGGGGCCACCAAGAUGCUCCUCCCUUCAAGCCCCAAUCAUGCUUCUCUCAGGACAUGAAGGAGAAGUGUACUGCUGCAAAUUUCAUCCCAAUGGAUCCACCUUAGCCUCUGCAGGAUUUGACCGACUGAUAUUGUUAUGGAAUGUCUAUGGUGACUGUGAUAACUAUGCCACAUUGAAAGGACACAGUGGGGCAGUGAUGGAAUUGCAUUAUAACACAGAUGGCAGUAUGCUGUUCUCAGCAUCCACAGAUAAAACUGUGGCAGUAUGGGACAGUGAAACAGGUGAAAGAGUUAAAAGACUGAAGGGACAUACUUCUUUCGUGAAUUCUUGUUAUCCAGCUAGAAGGGGCCCCCAACUUGUCUGCACCGGCAGUGAUGAUGGUACAGUUAAGCUUUGGGAUAUCCGGAAGAAAGCAGCCAUCCAGACAUUUCAGAACACGUACCAGGUGUUAGCUGUGACUUUCAGUGACACAAGUGAUCAAAUUAUUUCUGGUGGAAUAGAUAAUGACAUCAAGGUCUGGGACCUGCGCCAAAACAAGCUAACCUACACCAUGAGAGGGCAUGCAGAUUCAGUGACUGGCUUGAGUUUAAGUUCUGAAGGUUCUUAUCUCUUAUCUAACGCAAUGGAUAAUACAGUACGAGUCUGGGAUGUCCGGCCAUUUGCUCCCAAAGAGAGAUGUGUGAAGAUAUUUCAAGGCAAUGUGCACAACUUUGAAAAGAAUCUUCUGAGAUGCUCUUGGUCACCUGAUGGAAGCAAGAUAGCAGCAGGUUCAGCUGACAGGUUUGUGUAUGUGUGGGAUACCACAAGCAGGAGAAUUUUGUAUAAGCUGCCUGGCCAUGCUGGCUCCAUCAAUGAAGUGGCUUUUCAUCCUGAUGAACCUAUCAUUCUCUCAGCAUCAAGUGACAAGAGACUGUAUAUGGGGGAGAUUCAGUGAGAAUAUGGAAGACUGCAAGGCUGCAAGACCCUGAGACCUCAGACUGUUUACAAGGCAUUAAAUAGUGCCCAGGCCAGCAUCCCUCCUUCCUUCGAAGAUCAUCACUAACGGGAAACAAGAAGGCAGUGGCCCUAUUCCAACAACUACAAGUAUCCAAUUUCACCGGGAUUAAGGCAAGCUUCUAGUGGCCUCUAAAAACCACCUGACAGAUUUCAGGGACCAUUUGGGUUUCUAUCUAUCUAUCUUUCUCUUUCUCUCUCUCUUUAUGUAAGGUCUAUUCAAAGGGGCAGACAUUGGUUGGUUUGUAGCUUCCUGUUUUCUUAACCAUGCCAAAACAGGGACUGUAACUAAAAUUUAUUAGGGAAUUUUUUUCAAUUCAAUAACUGGCUUGUAUAUUUCUUUUAUGUUCCUGAGUCAUUUUGUAUUAAAAACCAAAUAGAUGCCUUUUUAUGAAAACA